CGCAAGGCGAGGCCUGGCUCCCUGUGAGUGCUGGGAGCUUCCUCCAGGCCACAGAGAGGGCCCAGAGCUGAGUGGAGUCACCAUGGCUCUGGGGCCCACUGUCCUUCUCCUCCUGUUCCUGUGCGUCCAGAGCCUGGCUGCCCAGGCUGCUGAUACCUGUCCAGAAGUGAAGGUGAUGGGCGUGGAGGGCACAGACAAACUCGCCAUUCUCCGGGGCUGCCCAGGGCUGCCUGGACCCCCAGGGCCCAAGGGCGAGGCAGGUGCCAAGGGAGAGACAGGAGAACGAGGUGCCCCUGGACCCCCUGGCAAGGCAGGACCCCCUGGGGCCAAAGGGGACCGAGGGGACAAAGGGGCCCGCGGGGAGAAAGGAGAUGCUGGAUCUUGGCAGUCCUGUGCUACAGGACCUCAGACCUGCAAGGACCUCCGCAGCCUGGGCCAUUUCCUGAGUGGCUGGCACACCGUCUACCUGCCUGACUGCCGGCCCCUGACUGUGCUGUGUGACAUGGACACAGACGGUGGUGGGUGGACUGUCUUCCAGCGCAGGCUUGAUGGCUCCGUGGACUUCUUUCGGGACUGGGCCGCCUACAAGCAGGGUUUCGGCAGUCAGCUGGGAGAGUUCUGGCUGGGGAAUGACAACAUCCACGCCCUAACAUCCCGGGGAAGCAGCGAGCUCCGCGUGGACUUGGUGGACUUCGAGGGCAACCCCAGCUUUGCCAAGUACAACUCCUUCAGGGUGGCGGCCGAGGCAGAGAAGUACAAGCUGGUGCUGGGCGCCUUCGUUGAAGGCAGUGCUGGAGACUCUCUGACGUCCCACAGUGGCAGGUUCUUCUCCACCAAAGACCAGGACAACGACCAGAGUUCAGCCAGCUGUGCGGCACAAUACCACGGAAGCUGGUGGUACGGGGAAUGUCACGUGUCCAACCUGAACGGCCUCUACCUCAGGGGUCCCCACGACAGCUUCGCCAAUGGCAUCAACUGGAAAUCGGGCAAGGGGUACAAUUACAGCUACAAGGUGUCAGAGAUGAAGCUGCGGCCCGUCUAGCUCCAAGUGGAGACCCCUUUACUGUGGGACAGGGACACCACACAAGUCCCCACCCAGGAAGACACUGCUCCACACUCGCCCUGCCAAUGCCCACUCUCCCCACCCAUCCCAAGCCCCACCAGGAUGGAGAAUUAUGCUCCCAAACGCGUCUUCUCUCUGGCAGACAAGUGGUCGCGCUUUAAUUCAUUUCUCCAAGACCGGUGCUUGGGGAUUCCUCCUGUCCCUUCACCAGCACUGUAGGGAGGGGUUUCUGGGGCCCUUGGAAAGUCCCAGAGUCAGGGAGCCCCGUAGGCAGGCUGGGCACUGACGCCUGCAGAGAUGAGCACAUCUCACCUGGCCUACCCGCCUCCAGCUUCAAGCUCCAGCCUCUGAUGGGAGGUGGGAGUCUGGGGGUCCCCACAGUUCGUUGCUCAUCUUGUAAAGAGUUCCCUGGGCCCAGAAAACUCCUGAAAAGGCAGGGAGGGAGCUGGGUAGAGCUUGCCUGCUUUCUGGAUAGCAGGGUCCACCCUUUGGGCAGCUGCCACCCCCUGUACCCCCACCCAGAAAAGCUGGCACAGUGAACCCCAGGGAGUGGGUGUAGGCCAGGGCACUGCUGAGCAGGCCAGGGAUAGGGAGAGGGUGUCCUCGCCCCAGAAAGCGCAGGGGUGGGAGAAGAGAAGGGAACCCCAGUGAGGCCAUCCCUCUGCCACCCACACCCCUCUGCAGCUGACCGCACUCACUUAGUGGCUGAAACAAUGCACGUAUUACUCUAGUGCUGGGGGUCAGAAGUCCCCAAGAGGCCUUGCGGGGCUAAGGCCAGGCGUCAGCAGGGCUGGCCCGCCACCAAGCCCGGGGAGGAUCCACCCCUCUCCUCUUCCGCUCCCGGAGACAGCUGUGUCCUCGCUGCUCCACUCUACCCGGCUUCCGACAUCCCAUCUCUCUGACCCACUUUUACUGUCACAGCUGCUCUACCCACAGCCUGCAGGGCCGUCUGGGAGCCUCCGGGUGGAGAGGCCUCCCUCACCUGGUGGAGUUUGCCCUGGGAGUUUCCCACGUUCUGGCCACAAGGUAGGGACAGGUUACUCCCCACCACGACCUAUUUAAAAUAGAGCAAGAUCCUAGCUGAGAGAAUUCAUGUAAAUAAUAAUAAAUACACAGGGUAGGAAGGACAGGGAGAUAACAGGGAGGGGAGUGAUCAAAAUGUAGAAUACACACACACAGAUAUGCCCAGUAUGCACUAAUGAAAUACACCUGCAUAGGGAUAGACCAGUGUCAUCUCAGUUUUAAAAAAUAAGUACUAAGGGCUUGGGGUGCAGCUCAGCGGUUAAAGGGCUUGCCUACUGUUCCAUUUCAGGCACUGAAAAAUACAAGGUAUAAGGUUUGGACAGAUGAUGGCUAAUAUAUUUAUUAAAAGGCCCAGUAUAUUUAUAAGACGGUGCCGAUAUAUUUAUGCAAGGGGCCAUUAUUUAAUUGUAAGAGGUUCUCCAUCAUAGUACUUAUGAGAGAAAUGUGAAUUACAGCCGAAAAGAGGUGCUGCUGCCCCCCAGCAGAAGCCCCCGAGAUAAGGGCUGAGAAGGGAGGCCACACGGGGCCGGGCAGGGGCUGCCCCUCGAAGGCAGCGCCGAUGGAGAGUGAGUCAGCCAUGGCCAGGCCAGCACGGGAGAGCGGAAGAUGCACAUCUCAGACCCAGCUGGUUCCGGCGGUAGCAGGAAAGUGCUCUGAGUGCUUGGCGGGGGCAAAGGACGAGGGGUGUCACAGCCAGGCUAUUCCCAAAAGCCCCAGAGUGAACCAAGUCGCAAGGCCUUCAGGUCUUGUGGGGUGACCACAAGGUCACCCAUACUCCAGAGAAGACCCCACAGCAACGAAGAUGAAAGAUGUCUGCACCACACACCCCAAGCCUAGCACAAGGGAUUCUACCACGGAUGAACACUUUCUUUCAAAAGCAAAAUUGCCUAUAGUAUUUUCGAUGCUUAUCUAUGUGGAAAUGUUACCAGCUUUGCGGUGCUGGAGUCCCCUUCUAGAGGUUGCUCUAGGUCCUCCCUAUCCUGGACAAGGACUUGCUGGGGACAAGCCCAAAAGGUAGAGGGGUUUUACAUUUAUCACAGGUGUGAAAAGAAAAGAAACAUGUUCGGCGGAGGGAGCUCAAGCCAACUACUAGUAGGAAAGGAAGUUUACUUUACAGGGUGUGGGCGGACUACUGUGAAACGAGGAAAACGGCAGCUGUCUUCUGUGUCUCCCAGUCCUCAGGCUGACGUCAGGUCUAUGUCAUCCUGUUAAAAGUCCCACUUGGGUUCUUGCCUGAAGAAUUGAAGGCAGCACGCUCGGACGGGUCCACCUGCAGGGCUGUGGGCUGCUCACAUGUCCUGGGGCUUUAACUGACAGGUCACACGCAUUCCCAGCCAGUUUCCCAUGCCCUGAUCUCCUGCCUCGAUAAAUACGUAACAGGAAAAUAAGAAGAAGCCUGGGAUAGGGUGGUGGUGAGGGAAGGGACAUUGGUCCCAGCCGUGCCCUGAUUCUCAACUGGUUUGUGAUUAGUGCGUGUUUGUUGGAGAGUGAUAAAAAUAUUUCAGUCAUACUUUGUGCUUUAUACACUUAGGUGUCUACAUUAUGCUCUGCUAUUCCUAGGAACUGUUUUUAAAUAAAUGGGCAAGGCUGGCCUGGGGAUGUGAGCACCACCCACAUCUCCUGGGUUCCAGUGUCCUU